GUUCCCGCGUCCGCAACGUCGGCCAAAAGCAUGCGACAGCGUGGGACUACACUCGAAGCCGCACGAUGAUAUCGAUGGUUCCCGGGUCUCCAUGCCGACUUAGGCUAAAUUGCACCCAUCGCAGAGUGUUGAGUGCGCUGGUCAUGUUGAAGCUUCAAGCAGGCCCACAGCUAGCCUUUAGCGCCCGCUGCUCCGCACGAGCGCGCCUUGGUGCAGACGACGAAUACGUAGCUGGCUUGGCCUUGGCGCAGAUCGAUGGCAACCAGUGACCGACGCCUCGAUGGGGUGUCUGUGGUUCGGCUUCGUACGCCUGCUGCCUUUUUCCAGGGUCAUUGUGUCGCGGAUGAAUACGGGUGGUGAAGUGCUAUUGCGAUGGCUCCCCUUUUUCGAAGGCGCCGCGACACCUUCUCUGUUGGGAAGGUGUUGCUGCAUCGCCAAUCGCAGCGCCGCGCUGCUCUCUCCCAUGGUUCAAGAGGCGCCAGCGUCCCGAACCCCGCUCACACUCUCGGCGCAGCGGACGCUGGCUGGUGCUGAAGCUGAUGCUGAUGCUUGCCCCGUGCCACUCCGUAAUUACCGGGGCGAGCGACGUUCGAGUGGUGCUCCCACGGGCCCUGAAGGCGCUGGCCGACUCGAUGAUGCGAUGGGUUUUUUCUCGCAAGGGAGCGGGGAAAGGCCAAAUGCUGCUUUUGCGCUUCGUGCGUGGCUGUACGAGCUGCGCGAUUUGCUCACCGACGCUCUGCCUAACCCAGCCCCGCUGACCCUGCUGGCCGGCUCAAACGGCAGUGUUGGUUGCGAAGGAUGCGGGUCAUAGCCCAGCCCACGACGGACGACGCGUUUCGUUUCCAAAGACGCGGCUUGAGGCGCCGUGCCCGCAACCGACGUGGCGAGGAG